UCUCGCCGAAUGACGUCAUUGUUGGAAAACCAUAUUAGAAAUCAUCAUUGAUGGAAAACGCUGAAAGUUCGAAAUUUUUUGUCAUCUUUCCGCCAUAGAAAAGAUGACAAUAAUACAACAUUCCAAUCUUAGUGGAACACCUCUAUAAAAAGAGGCUUCCACUCUUACAACCUAAAACCUGGAAGCUUUCUUGAUUUGCAUUUAGUAACAAAUAAAAAAGUUAAGAAUUCCAAAUGGCUUCAAAUGCUAAUUUGUUCAUCACAUAUAGCCCUCUUCAAUUUCAUUUGCGUCUCCUUUGCCUUCGACACUCGUCCUCUGCUAGAUUUCUGCGUUGCAGUUCCCACGGGAAAUGCAUGCAAGGACCCAGAAACAGUUACUGCCGACGACUUCUUCCUCAGUGGUCUAGAUCGGCCCGGAAGCUUUAACGCAUACGGCCUCGCCUUCGUCAUUGCGACCGCAACCACUGUGCCGGGGUUCAACACUCUGGGCUUGACAUGUGCGCGCGUGGAGUUUGCGCGGAAUGGCUACUUCCCGCCGCACACUCACCCUAGAGCGUCGGAGACCUUCUAUAUUGAGGAAGGUAUGAUCGAGGUCGGGUUUGUAACCACGUACCCAGAAUACAAAUAUUACAGCAAAGUUUUGAACAAAGGUGACGUCUAUAUUGUCCCUGUCGGGCUCGUCCACACCGUGCGAAAUGUAGCAAAAACAAAGAGUGUUAUGCUUGCGUCGUUUAACAGCCAGAAUCCCGGCUUUGUUUUUAUUCCCGACAAUGUUUUCGCAGCGAAGCCAGCCAUCAACACAACUUAUCUGGCCAGAGCGUUUAAGCUGGACGAGUACACUGUGAGAGCUUUGCAGACAAAGCCGUGGCUUUAAUCAUUAUGCUACUUUCACUCGGUUUGUCUAAUGAAAUAAUAGCGUUCAAUUUCUCAGGUGGUGAUCCAACGCCAUGAAUACUUGUUUGAAUAAAGCUUAAUUCCAAUCCUUGUAUCGUUAAGUUUCUGUAAAAAUAUUGGUGCUGCAUAUUUCGUAUGAAUACUGAAUACUUACUGUUCUGGCA